UUUUAUUUUAUUUUUUUUUUUAUCGGAACUUCCCUUUCUUCUUUUUUUUUCUUCUUUUAAAUUGUAAAUGUUGCUCAGUAAUGUCAUGUUGAUGGGAUGGAUGCUGUCAGUGAAUGGGCAAUGGACAAAUAAACCCUUAGUUUAUUUAGGUGACACACCUUAUCAACAUAUCCCCGUGCACAACAUGUCCACUGCUCUAAGAAUCCAACGAGAUAUUGCCAUGAAUGUGACGCUUGACCAAUUUGUGUGGCCUGCAUUAGAUAUCUCUACUGCCUUUUUAGGUAAUCAUUCCCUUUUCGCUCUACCCCAUCUCCCUUUACGCAUGGGUUAUAAGCGUUUAAUCAUGGACCUUUAUUAUGAUCCUGUACGUUCCGAUUGGCAAUUAUGUCCUCAAUACGACUGCUCAGACUAUCUCUUGUCACAUUUCUUGAAAUCGAUCGAUGAUUAUCUCAUCUCAACCCAAGUGAGUGGUGCUUCCCCUUACACUGAUAUAGUCACUUUGGUCUUUCAUCUUCAAUCACUCACUCCCAAUUUAACCAUCACCAGUAAUCUAGCUUCUCUUUUUUACAAAGUCUCCACUCCCACUCUUGAUGGUAAAACGCGGGUUUAUACUCCCUCCAAUUUAACCACGGACACUUCCCUUCUUUUAACGCACAGACAAGAACCUUAUUUUAUGCAAGACGAAACGUGGCCACAAUGGAUUCAUCUGAUACAAAAUAAAGCACAAUUAUUACUGGCUUUGGGAAAUGUUUCUUCUAACAUUAUCAUCUCCGACUUGGAUAAAGAGACCCUCUUUCGUUCCCUGGGGAAUACAACACAUAAUAUUGACUCUCUGAACUGUUCUGCACCCACUUCCUGGUCCUUUGUGAGCGAUCGACACACUCCCUUCUCCUAUACGUCUGCCUUUAACGCGACGCAGUGUGGUUACUCGCCUGUAUUCACACAGAGUCAAUACCCAGGAGAACUCUCCUUGACAGACCCAGGUCAUUUAUCCGACAAUAUCCUGUCCACACUUUGGUCCUGGGAUAUCAACGAGCCUAAUACUCAAAACGGUGCUCAUCGUUGUGCUGCUAUGGAAAAGAACGGACGUUGGUAUGCAACAGAUUGUGCGCAAUCAUUAGCGGUCGCUUGUUAUUCCCCUUCACAAAAUCAUUGGCUGGUUUUGAACGUCACCUCGAAUUAUGAUCGGUCGCUCAGUGAGUGCCCUGAAACUUAUUUCUUUGAUGUGCCUCGCGUGCCACGACAAAACCUUCAAUUACAAACUGCGAUGCAAGGGGCUAAUGUCACGGGUAAAGUAUGGUUGAAUUUAAACAUGGUGUAUAAUCAGGAUAUGUGUUGGGCCGUAGGUCGAUAUGGUACCUGUUGGUGGUCUAAAGAUGGAUGGAGUAUCUAGGGUUGAUACAAACAUCGAUUGUGUCUGGUGUCAUUGUCUUACUCCUGGUGGGUAUCUUUACUUGGGUUAAAUGUGCUCGAUUAUGGAGAAAUAGAAAUUCAAGACCUCGUAAAGCCAUGGUGAAAGCCAUGUUAGCGAAAAGAGAAUAUGUAACCAUACCUGCCUAGUUGAGAUUGAAAUAGAUGAGGCAAAUAAGAUAUAAAAAAAAAAAAAAAAAAAAAAA